AUGUCUCAAAACGAAAUGUGGGAUUUCCUCAACAUGGAUUCCUCUCCAUCCUCGGCCUUCAUGAAUCAAGAUCUCUCUGCCAACAACACCCUCAAUACCUCAGAGCCAUCACCAUUCCUUCUUGAUGAUAUUGAGUCCUUCUUCACUGCUUUCAAUCAAAGCACCGAGACAGCAUCAUCAACUUCUACCAACACUCUUCGUCGAACCACCCCACCUACAACACCAAAGACCUCUCAUAUGAAAGUAGAUCCUGACCUCAUGUUUCCGAGUGCAUGUCCUGCUGCCACUAACAAUGACAUGUCAUUGACCAAUACAUUGACCACAAGCAGCACUUCCACAGUUGUGACAACUACCACCACCACACAACCAUGUUGGAACACAAUGCCACAAUUUGUCAUUCCUUCAAUUCCAACUCAAACACCUGCUGUGGACAAUAUUGAUUUCAGCAUGUUACUCAAUGAUGCCUCCAUUAUUGAUCCAUCUAAUAGUUAUUUCGUGUUUGCUCCAACCAUGCUCACCAAUUUGAUGAUACCCACCAGAGCAGCAUCCUUAGACUCUGUCACAAGCACUGCCUCCUCUCCAGUAUCAACACAGCCACAAUCUUGGAUAGAAGGAGAGCCUAAAAUGAGCAAAAUCUUGUCAUAUAAUUAUUCGGCAGAGUCGUUAAUGAGCUCAAAUGAAGAAUUUCGUCAUUGGUUCACUCAAGUAGCUCCUGAUCAAUUGGAAAUGACAUGCAAGCCUGGUUUCACUCGCAAUACUACACACAAACCAAGAGGCUCCACUCAUAGUGUGUUUGUCAAUGAUGAAAUUACAAUUCAUUUACCAAAGUUGCACUCUCAAUUCCUUUCAAACACUCAAAUUCAAUUAAGGGCCUACCUUGGAAAUGAUAAGGAAAGUGGUUUUGCCACAAAUAUUUCCGAUUUGGAAGAUGUGACAGUUGUGGAAUUUUCAGAAAUGAUGUCUACCAACGUGACCAAUUCAACUCAAUCCAUGAACCAAAUCCGAGUGCCAAUUAAGAGAGACAACACUUCAAAAAGAGGAAAGCGAAAGGAAAAGAUCAUUCUCAAAGAUCCCUCAAUAGUGGAGCGAAAGAAAAAGGGAGAAACAGCUCCAAAGAAAAUCAUCUUUAUGGUGAUUGUCGAUGCGUUGAGUGGACAAAUUUUGUAUCGCUCAGAUAACCUUUGGUCACGAAGUAAAACCAAGCGAGAAAUGGAUAAGAAAAAGACCAAGCCACAACCAGGAUCAUUGAAACGAAAGGAGUGUGGUACUGAUGAAAAUGCUGACUUGACCUCUGAAGGCUCUGAUUAUUCAACAAAAAAAACAAAAUUAUAA